CACGAAGAAGAACUUGACCCAUGACCUCAUCAGUAAACGACAGACAUGGCCGGCUGUGGGCUCCUCCGCUCCUUCUCUUCCAACUUCUUCACCGUUUUGCCUUCACUGACCCGCUCAGCUGCUCUCUCCCCGCUGCGGCUGACAGCUAAACCUUCAUAUGGAAGAACAAUAGCCACUUCUAGUCGACUAACAGCAGCACUUAAAUUCACAGACAAGCACGAAUGGAUCCGAGUAGAAGACGACGGAGUUGGGACCGUCGGUAUCAGCAAGUUUGCGCAGGAGGCUCUGGGAGAUGUAGUUUACUGUGGACUGCCAGAGGUGGGAACACAGCUGGCUCAGCAAGAUGAGUUUGGAGCUCUGGAAAGUGUGAAGGCUGCCAGUGAGCUCUAUUCCCCUUUGACUGGAGAAGUUGUAGAAGUCAAUACACUACUGGCAGACAAUCCUGGUCUGGUGAACAAAUCUUGCUACAAAGAUGGUUGGCUGAUGAAGAUGACCAUCGGCAACCCUGCAGAGCUUGAAGCUCUAAUGGACGAAGCAGCCUAUGAGAGAUACAUCCGCUCCAUUGAGGACUAACCUAACACCUCCUAAUAAGUGCUAUGCUCCCUUUCUCCUUUUCAAACACCACUGGCAGGGAUAUCCAGAAGUUGUGCCUGUGUCAGCUACAACGCUAUGCUUAGCGUCCACCAGUGGAGCUCAAGAGCUCCAGAUUGCUGACCUGCCAGUGUUGUAGAGCUGUGAACAUUAGGAUUUCUUUAUCUACUGUUAAAGACUGACUUUAGGGGACCUGUCAAUCUGCACUGACUAAACAUCCUAUGUUAAGUUGUUGCAGCCUCCAAUCCUCCAACAGAAGAGACUGAGACUCAGUCAAUAGAACAAUUUACACACAUUUCAUUCAAAGGAAAACUUGAAUUAUUGUUGUAGGACUUUGUUAGACUUAAAAAAAGCACUUUGGUCUUUAUGGUAUUAAUAAUGUUGGUCUGCACUGCAUGUACGACAGCUAAACUGUAGAUAUGGGACCUGUAAUUUAGAAAAUAAACAUUUCCUGAGA